UCACCGAGAAUUCUUGGUGAGCUAGCUAACAGCAAUCGUCUCAUCUGAUACUCUGAUCACGUCAUCAAUAAUCACGCACGGCAAAAGGGAUGAUGGCAGCCAGCGUCUCGUCCUGCCCGAGCCUCCCCAUCAGCCACCGCCGGCCGGCGCCGAUCCUCCCCUUCCAGCAGCAGCCUCCCACCAGGGAACGGUGGCUCUCUAACGCGAAAUCGACACUGCACGGUGGCGCAUUGAACACGCUGCCGCGCCGCCGUCGUCCUCGCGGCGUCGUCGCCUCGGUGGCGACAACCGACCGGCCGGCGCCGGUGAUUGGGGACGUGAACCGUGGCUCUCAGCUCGCGGAGACGUCCGGGCGCUCCGACGACGGGCAGCUGGCCGCGCGGUGGCGGGAGAUCCAAGGCGCGAGCAACUGGGAGGGGCUGCUGGACCCCCUCGACGCGGCGCUCCGCGCGGAGCUCAUCCGCUACGGCGAGUUCGCGCAGGCGACCUACGACAGCUUCGACUACGACCGCUUCUCCCCAUACUCCGGCAGCUGCAGGUUCCCUCCCAGGACCUUCUUCCGGGACGUCGGCCUCGCCGGCGCCGGCUACGAGGUCAGCCGCUACCUCUACGCCACCUGCAACGACCUCAAGCUCCCCAACUUCGCCCACCGGAAGCACAAGUCCGCCGCCGUCGAGGACAAGCUGUGGAGCGAGUCGGGCACCUUCAUCGGCUACGUGGCCGUGUCGACCGACGAGGAGACGGCGCGCAUCGGCCGGCGGGACAUCGCCGUCGCGUGGCGCGGCACGAUCACGCGGCUCGAGUGGGUGGCCGACCUGACGGCGAGCCAGAGGCGGCUGAGCGACAUGGGCGUCCCGUGCCCGGACCCCGACGUGAAGGUGGAGCUGGGGUUCGCGGAGCUGUACACCGGCAAGGACGUGGAGUGCCGGUUCUGCAGGUACUCGGCGCGGGAGCAGGCGCUGGCCGAGGUGCGCAAGCUGGUGGAGCUCUACCACGGCCGGGGCGAGGAGGUGAGCGUCACCGUCACAGGCCACAGCCUCGGCAGCGCGCUGGCGAUGCUCAACGCCUUUGACAUCGCCGAGACGGGCGCGAACGCGACGCCGGACGACGGCAGGACGGCGCCGGUCUGCGUGUUCUCCUUCGCGGGGCCGCGCGUGGGGAACCUCAGGUUCCGGGAGCGGUUCGAGCGGGAGCUCGGCGUGCGGGCGCUGCGCGUCGUCAACGUGCACGACAGCGUGCCCAAGGUGCCCGGCGUGUUCUUUAACGAGGCGGCGUUCCCGGAGGGGGUGCUCCGGGCGGUGGACGGGCUGGGCGUGGGCGGCGUGUACACGCACCUGGGCGUGGCCUUAGCGCUGGACCACGAGGCGUCGCCGUUCCUGAAGAAGACCAUGGACAUCUCGUGCUACCACAACCUGGAGGCGCACCUCCACCUGCUCGACGGCUUCCGGGGCACCGGCGAGGGGUUCGAGCUCCGCGGGAGAGACCCCGCGCUGGUGAACAAGUCGACCGACUUCCUCCGCGACGACCACAUGGUGCCGCCCGUGUGGUACCAGGCGGAGAACAAGGGCAUGGUCAGGACGGAGGACGGGCGAUGGGUGCUGCCGCCGCGGCACAGGGACAUCGACGGACACCCGGAGGACACUGACCAUCACCUUCAGAAGCUCGGUCUCAACGCAUCACCCUGA